GGGCUCGGGAGGGGCAGAGACGCGAAAAAGACGCCUGGCAAUUUAUGCAGGAAGAGCGUAUUUCAUAGCAGUUAUGAGCGAACCAGCAAAGCUACUUAUUUAUUUUUGUGGGAGUAUUCGUGGCGGAAGAGAUGAUGCGGCUUUGUACAAGCGUAUAAUAGAUCAACUAAAACAAUACGGCGAGGUUCUGACGGAACAUAUCGGAGAUCCCAACCUUAUGGAAAAAGAGAAAGGUAUGACGAUCAACCACUUACUUUGUCCAACGUGGCCUCUACAGGACAUUCUUUCCACCCUAACUCUCUAAUACCCAGUGCAAUUACAGAUUUUUGCACUGCAUUGCGUAACACUUUUGUUUGAGUUAUAAACUAAGUCUCCUCCCCCUGCUCCUUGCUUACCUCACCUCACCACGCCUAGAGCUCCGCUCCGUCUCCCGUUUCGACCCACCACGCCCAGAGCGUUGUUUCGUUCAAUCAAGUGAAUAUGAUGCCAUACACAUCAUUAAAGUUGACCAAUAAAAUUUUGAUUAUAAAAAUACCUUUUUUAAACUUCUCUGGGGAGAUUAAGUGUGGUGUUGGCUUGAGUUUGGUAGAGGUGCGCUUUGUCAUCACGGAAGAUCGACGGACCGGAAGUGAUAAAUUGUAGGUCAUGGUGGAGACAAGGCAAAAUUUUGUCCUGGUUUUCUUUUUUCAAUCCCAAAUUUGCUUGGUUUUAAAACUGUUGUCGACUGUUUUUCCUUUUUUUUGAUGGCUAAAUGUUGUUUUUUUAAAUAAAAUCGAAAGUUUUUGUUCUUUUUCAAAAAGUUAUGCAUCAGUCAAUUACAACCCCCUGUCCUUGACAGAUGAGCUAAUCAGCUUUUUUUUCAGUAAUAUCCUCUGUGUAUGCUGAUAGGAAACUGCGUGCGUGUCUUGAAAAAGCUCGGGAAUAGCCCCGGGGUUGGUAAAUGCCUGGCCACCGGGAAGUACAAAAUUUGCAAAUGCGUCCCAUCCCCGGGACUGAAAAGGCAGGCAAAUGCCCCACAGUAGCCCGGGCGGGGGCUGGGCGCAGCUGGAAUUGACUGAUGCAUUAAUUCCAUGUUUGCUUGGUAUAUUUCAGGUAGUGAUAAAUUCAUUCAUGAUCGGGACGUCGCUUGGUUGUUGAAAUCUGACGGUAAGUGUGUAAGCUAUCUUUAUUUACAACUAUUUUCAGAAAAUCUAACAACAUCGCAUAACUCGACGAGAUCUUGCAUGUGCAAGGCCCUUUUUUAGGCCCUCAAUACUUAUACAUUGUUAAAAGAAACUUGCACAUGCACCUGCCAUACUCUGCAGACUGGGGGAUACUAACAGAGGUUGGAAACUCCCUGAUGGUGCACAAGUCUUAAUUGUUUCUUUGUUCAGAAAUUGUAACGGAAUAAAUUAAUGCAGCAUUUUUUAUUAGUCACUAAGAUCGAAAUAAUAGGAAUGCUACUGAACACAUUUCAUAAAUAUAUAACAAAAGAGUCUGAUGCACUUCAUAACCAUUCCGCUCUAUUAACUAUGAUAUAAAAAUCUAGGGUUACUUUAUAUUUUCUCUUAGUCCAAACAAUGAUCUUUAUUUCUGUUUUACAGCAUUAGUUGCUGAAGUUACCCAGCCUUCCCUGGGAGUGGGAUAUGAAAUAGGGCGAGCAAUAGAAAACAAGAAGAAGAUUCUGUGUCUGUUUAGGCCUGAUAGUGGAAAAUGUAAGUUGAUGGUCUCAUUUUUUAAAACUAAUACUGUAUUAUCAUCAAUCACAUUGUGAGAUAUGUCACUUUUGUUUGUUUUCUAUUAGCUCUUUCUGCAAUGAUCCGAGGAGCAAUUGAUGACAAUGUGGUGGUGAAAGAUUACAAAGAAGAGGAUAUACCUCACAUCCUGGAAGAGUUCUUUAAAUCUUUAUGAAAAACUCAACUGUCUUCUUACCCUGUACAUGGAAAAAAGGAUGCUAGUAGAUCAGAGGGGACCUGUUUAGUAACAAUUAAAUUUCAUUGCAUUUGCAAGAAAUAUUUGGUCUCUGAAGUUAAUCUGUAGACUACAAAUGCUUACAUUGAAAAAGUUAAACCUUUGCACAACAGUAGUGGCUGAGACUAACAUUUGGCUAUUAUGUAGAGUAGGACUGAUGGUUUUUUAACAAGCUAUGAAAGACACAUCUGUGUAUAGAACCCC